UUAGGGUUUUUUCUCUUCGUUCUUCUAUCUGAGUUCUGAGUUAACAGCAGGCAGCCGAGAAAGAGGGAAAUGGACUCGUUUUCAUCGAACGAAUCAACGGCUCAGAUGUCGCCGUCGGUCAUCAUGGACCAACUGAAAACCCAGCUCGCUCAAGCGUAUGCUGAGGAGUUCCUCGAGACUGUAAGAGACAAGUGCUUCACUAAGUGUAUAACAAAACCGGGAAGUAGCUUGAGUGGGAGCGAGGGCAGUUGCGUAUCGAGGUGCGUCGAACGCUACAUCGAAGCUACUGGUUUAGUCAGUCGAGCUCUUUUUAACACUACCCGUUAGCGCGAUAAUAAUUUCGCAUCAGAAUUCUUUCUUUCUUCUAUGGUAAAGACUGAAAACUGUGUGUUGUUUCAUUUACUCACAAUUGACACCAUUUCUUAAUUGCACUUCUUUUUAUUCA